UCGUAAAAUACCGGGAGGCGACACGAGAUGCACAACCGCGUCGGAUGAUUGCCUCAGCUCGGGCACGAGUGCUGAGACCUCACGCGCUGCAUGGCGAGGGACUUCCCAUGAGGUCAAAGCGGCGCAGGUCAUGCAAAAGGACGCGUUCGCUGUUUGGUCCAAAAAAUUUGAAAACUCAAUAAAAUUAUCCUGCACACAACGAAUCCAGUGUCAGCAGUUCGUUUUGUUUUUCUAAGUAAUAAUACUUUGUGCCUUGGCCUUCGAAGUAAAGGAUGAUGGAGCUUGACAGAGAUGACUGCCAAAGUGAUGAGUCCACCGUGGAAGAUGUAGAUGACGCCACGUAUUCACUUGGUGACCUGAGUUGUGGGGAUGUUCAGCUGUGGGCUACAGAUCGAUGUAAGAGUGGUAGUGCCAUCAUGGUGUACAGGCCUAUGGAAGGUGCAGUGAUCCAUGGAAUUUGCAAACUGCUGACAAUGAGACAGGCGAGUGUUACUGAGGCGACGGAGUCAUUCCUGCAUGUUAUUACGACACGGUUACACAAGGCAUCAGGUACUGCAAAUCUGCUAUGCCAGGAAGUGUGCCAGCUGAAGGCAUGCAAGGGUGCUGAUAUUUCGCAAGCAUGGCAACAAAUGCUGUCCGUCAUCGCAACAGCUAUUCCCGAAGUGAAAAUCAAUUGUGAAGAUUUGGAAGUUACAUCUGCAGUGCUAGCGAAUCUGAUAAGCUACCUGCAUGCCACGGCUGCCGCUGCUAUCAGGAAAGCGUCAAUAGCACCAUCCAAAGCUGCUGAAGCCAUCCCCGAACCGGUGAUUGACAAUUUGUCUCACCUUGCUGAAAAGUACCAUGGUGGUUGGUGCUUGGUGGCCGUGCGGCGUGAGCUGGAAGGAGCAAGGUGUCGCAACGACAACUUGCUGCAGCUUAUACCUUUAUUUGGCAAGGAUGCCGUGACAAGCCUUCAGCCUUGUUUGGAGAAUUUUGGAGCCAUUCUCCAAACAUCUGAGCAUCAAGCGUUGCCCAGAAAUGACCAACCGCUCCGUGACCAUGGCUAUGCAGCACCCAUAGCUGCAACACAGCAUGAAGAGCAGAAGCAUACGUUUGUACUUGUGCCUGCUGCAUGCUCCUUGUUUCACCAGCUUAAUUUAAUAACCCAUUCCCAGUUCCCCAGCAUGCUCAACACACACAAGCAACACGCCGUGAGUGCAAUGCAAGCUCUGUAUAAGACAAAAUACGACACAGAUAAAAACAACUGAACCAGUGA